AUGGCACAAGACAAAGACACGAGUGUUUCAUUAGACCCAAUGGACAACAUCAGCACUUAUAGUUCUCUGGACAAUGUUAUAACUAACCCAAACCAUCUUCUCAUGGAUUUGAUACCUUCAAGAGAAGAUUCCACAUCAUUUCCAACAAUGCUUCCAUGGAAUUCCAUCAGACAAGAUCCUCUACAAAUGGGUGGCUUUGAUAUCUUCAACUCUUUUCUCACUAACAAGUACUUAUCAUCUACUUCAAGAUCUACAAAUGUUCAUGAGACCAGCUUUGAGGCCAUGGCUCCUCCUCUUCCUCCUCCUUCACUUCAUCCUAUGGAACAUCUAAGACCAUAUGAUGAUCCCUCAAACAACAUGUGGAGUCUUGGUGAAAAUAGUGAGUUUCAUGCAUAUCCAUUCAUAGAAGGUGUUGUUGGUCCUAGUGAACCAAUAAUAUCUACAUUCGGUGAAGAAGGUUUCCCAAGAAACGAGCUCUCGUUAAGUCUUGCCACAGAUGUUUCUAAUGAAAGCUCGGAGAUAAGCCUUUGCGCUGCUACUAAAUCUACAAGAAUAACCUCAGAGCAAGCUUCUUCCAGCAGCAAACACGUUUCUAAUAACGUCUCUCAAGUGAUAUUUGGCUCAAAGUACCUUCACUCCGUUCAAGAAAUACUAUCUCAUUUCGCCACAUACUCCCUCAACGGCAUAGAGACUAAUCCUCAAUGCUACUUUUCUUCUCGAGGAACCGAGUCAGAGGGUACAAACUCAGCCUUUGUCUCAUGUUAUGAGAAUCUAAACGAGUUUCUUGAUGGCGGUUCGCAAAGAAGAGCAUUAGAAGCAAAGAAAACCCAUCUCUUGGAUCUUCUUCAAAUGGUGGAUGAUCGAUAUAGUCAUUGCGUUGACGAGAUUCAUACGGUUGUAUCAGCCUUCCAUGCAGCAACCGAGUUAGAUCCUCAGCUACACACCCGGUUUGCACUCCAAACCGUCUCCUUCUUAUACAAGAACCUGAGAGAGAGAAUCAGCAAGAAGAUACUCAUGAUGGGAACGGUUUUGGAGAGAGGCAAAGAGAAGUCUCAAGAAGACUCAAUCUUCCACCAGCAUUGCCUUCUUCAGCAGCUAAAACGUAAGAACCAUCAGAUUUGGAGACCGCAACGAGGCUUGCCUGAGAAAUCAGUCUCGGUUCUACGUACAUGGAUGUUCCAAAACUUUCUUCACCCUUACCCGAAAGAUUCAGAGAAACAUCUUCUUGCUAUACGUAGUGGAUUGACAAGAAGUCAGGUAUCAAACUGGUUUAUAAAUGCGAGGGUAAGGCUAUGGAAGCCCAUGAUAGAAGACAUGUACGCAGAAAUGAACAAGAGGAAGCUGAGUAACACUCCCCUUCAAGGUGGCAAUGGAGGAAGUUUUAUUAGAGUGCCAAAGUCUGUAAUGAUGAGCCAAGAAAGGGACAAAAUAAGAGAAUGAUUGUGUUACAACUUUGUUUACGCAAUCGUUACAACUUUUACCACGUAUUAUGAUUGUUUUGACUUUUUGUUAUAAUUGUAUAUACUGCUUGUUGUAUCUCAUAUAUUGCUGUUUUGUAUUUGCAUCA